GAAGAAGAAGAAGAAUAAAAAAUUGGCACCCCUGUCCCAGUCUUGUCCUGGGCCUUCCCUGUUUAUAUGUGGGUUUUAUCCAAAUAUCUAGGAUCAGUGGGUGGGCUUGGGGGGCAGGAAGGCUGCAUUUAAGUGCAUUAAAGGUCUGGGUCAACUCGGAUGGGAAGGAUGUCAUUAGCUGGUGCACACAAGUCAAAACAUCUACUUGCACCCUAAAACAGAGAGAGAGAGAGAGAGAGAGAGAGAGAGAGAAGCAGCAGCAGCAGAGACAGAUGACUUUCCAGAACAACAAGCCAAAAAAUCCAAUUAAAAUAAAAAAUUGGGCAAUAUCAGAAGGCUGUGGUGGGUGCAGAGCUGUGUCUGUUUCAGUGCCCACAAGUGCUGCGUUGGGGACCCCGGGUCUGCAGGGUCGGCCUCUGAUCUUGUUUUCCACAGAGCCAGAGGGAGGUGCUCAGGUGCGCUUCUGCUUCCUGAAGAAGGAGGACGGGGAGAGCUUUGGGUUCUGGCUACGGCAGGAGGUGGGCAGCAACGGGCACAUCGUGCGACAGGUGACGCCGGGGGGCCUGGCUCACCGCAGAGGCCUGCAAGAUGGAGACCGGAUCUUAGAGGUGAACGGGGCUUAUGUCGAAGGCCUGGAGCACUUCAGGGUGGUUUGGAAGAUCAAGAGCAGUGGGAAGCAAGUCUCUCUCACUGUCCUGGAUGGGACAUCCUAUGAGUUGGCAAAAGCCCUCGACCGGGACCUUGGCCAGCUCUUGCCCCAGCACAACAGGCCACGGCUGUGCUGCAUCAACAAGGACCAAAGUGGCUUCGGCUUCAGUGUUUCAGCUCCAGAAGGUGUGAAGGGCACAUUCCGACUCUCUGUGCCAAAGGUCGGGCCAGCUGACAAGGCAGGGGUGCCAGAUGGUUCAUGGCUCCUGGAGUUCAACGGUGCUUGUGUGGAGAGUUGGACUCUUGCACACCUUCACAAAAAGAUCAAGCACAGCAACAACCCGAUGGGGCUGCUGGUGAUUGACGCCAAAUCAGAGGAGUUUUACCGGCAACGCGGCGUUAAGGUUACAGCCGCCAUGGCUGACGCUUCCUGGGUUCCUUUUGAGGUGAGGAAGGUGCAGAUGGUGAGAGGCCAAGACGGAUACGGAUUCUUGCUGAAAGAAGAAAAACGUUGCUCGGGAGAAAGAGGUCAGUUUCUGAGGGAGGUCGAAUCCGGGCUGCCAGCUGAGAAGGCAGGGAUGAGAGAUGGCGACCGUCUCCUGGCUGUGAACGGCGAGGGCACGGAGGACCUGGACCACCAGGAGGUGGUGCUGAGGAUACGUGCAGACAGCAGCCGGGUGACCCUGUUGGUUAUUGAUGCAGAAGGAAGCAAGUUCUACGACUUGGUUGGGUUAUCACCUCUCCUUUUCUAUGAUGACCAUGAGCCCCCAAUGGGCUUGCACGUCGUCCAUGCCUCCUCCUCUCCCAGCAUGCCCCAGGAAAACAGCAAUGCUGCCUUCACACCCUGCCUCUGUCACCUCAGAACGGACCCCCAUGAGAACAGACUGCCUCCGGAGCAGUCUGGCAGCAGCUCGCCAGCUUUCGCAAAAGAGGGCCAAGAUGCAUUGAGCCAUGCAUUCUAGAAGCUGCCAGGCCAUUAUCACCGAGCACAACUUCAGCCUGACUUGGCAGGGAGCUGAACUCCUAUUUGUGGCAGAAGUGAGCACAGUUGCACAGAUGCUAGCACUGGAGUUUGAGCCUCUCUCCCUCAUAGGCUUGGCUUUUCCCCGUCUCACCACUGCCUUGUUGAGCAAUCUGUCUCUCCAACCCCUGAAAAUGCUUCCUGUGGAUUUGGACAAGCAGGCUGUGGUCUCGAAGCAAGGCAUGCCGAUUAGAGGAAGAACCCUGCAAGAAUCAAACAAGAGACUGUGUUUUUUGCCUGCUUUGGGG